AUGUCAGUGGACAUUUUUCUGCAGUGGGCAGACGAAUUCAAACAUGACUCCGAGGGCCAACAGCUGGGCAGCGCGCGAGUCAACCGAGACGCCCAGGGGUCCCCAGACACACCUGAAAUCCGGGCUCCUGAGACCGUCUCCGGGCCCUCGGACGUCCCCGCCCCCUGCCCGCCGUCACGCCCGCGGGCGGCCCCGCCCCCGCUCCUGCCAGGGCAGGCGCGUGGGAGCAACGUGACACGAUACCGGCCACACAUCGGUGGGAGGGAAGUGGAGCACAGCGCAGGCAGCCUCCUGUUGGCGUCCCCACUUCGGGCCCAGGAGCUGGAAAUGACCGGGCCUUGUCAUUGCUCACAGUAUGAAAAAGCUUUCUCACCCAAGUAUCUGCAGAACUGGUCUCUCGCCAAGCCAACAAAAGAGAGGAUUUCUUCCCAUGAAGGCUACACUCAGAUUAUCGCCAAUGAUCGUGGUCAUCUGUUGCCUUCAGUGCCCCGUUCCAAGGCAAGUCCUUGGGGUUCCUUCAUGGGCACCUGGCAAAUGCCUCUGAAGGUACCCCCUGCUCGGGUGACCCUGACCUCCCGUACAGCUGCUGGUGCUGCCUCCCUUACCAAAUGGAUACAGAAAAAUCCUGAUUUACUCAAGGCCUCCAAUGGGCUACAUCCUGAAAUCUUAGGCAAGCCCCAUGAUCCAGACAGUCAGAAGAAACUUGAGAAGUCUAUCACAAAGACUGUACAGCAAGCACCAAGUCCAACCAUAAUCCUAAGCUCCCCAGAAUCAAAUCUCAAUUCCCCAGAUCAACUCCAAAGCUCACACCACUCUGAAGGUCACACUCCGGGUCCCCAAAGCCCACCCAACUCUCCAAAGAGUCCACCUGGAAGCCCAUGUAUGCUAGAACACUGUGCAGGUCCUAAUUUAGCCGAGGUCCAGAAAUGCAAACCUGGAACUCCAUAA